AUGCGGCAGUACCAGACCUGGGUGGAAUACAGUCCAGUGGCAGAAAAGCUCUCCCUCGAGGACUUGAUGAAGGCAGGAGUGGUUCUCAAAUAUAGGCACACUAACGGGAAUUUGUGCAUUAAAGAAACAGAUGAUUUAGUCUGUUUGGUGUACAGAACAGGUCAAGCUCAAGAUGUGAAGAAGAUUGAGAAGUUCCACACUCAGCCAGUGCGACUUAUGGUAGCCAAGGAGUCCCGCAAUGUUACCAUGGAAACAGACUGA